AUGAAAGUGGAAACCAAACUAACUAGAAAAGCACAAUAUUCAUCAGAUAUUAAUGUUGGUCACUGGAGUAAAGAGGAGGAUGCAAAAUUAAAAAAAUUGGUUUACAAAGAUGGCGCUAGAAGAUGGCGCACGAUUGCCUCGAAAAUGGGAACUCGCGACGCAAAGCAAUGUCGAGAAAGAUUUUGUGGACAUCUCGACGAAAAAAUCAACAAGGACCAAUUAUCGCCUGAAGAAGAUUUAUUAGUCAUCCAUUAUCGUAGUCAAGGUUUUGGUUGGGCAAAUAUUGCAAAGCUUCUUAAAAACGGAAGAACGCCAAAUCAUGUUAAAAACAAUUACAAUCAACGCUUGGCAAAAGGAUUAUCCGUGUCCAGACCUUCGCGUAAUCAUGGUUUAGUUGGCAACGAUGCGACUAUAUCAAGAUCCGUUAUGAACAAAACUUCUGAUUCCGAAAAAAUUUCCGAAAUAUAUAUGAGAAACGAUACGUUUAAGACCUCCAUAUCUAAAACAUCAUACGAAACGUCGUUCGUAAAAACCGAAACUUUCGAUACUUCCAAAACUUCCGAAACAUCCGAAAUUCCCAAAACAAGAAACCCUUUGGUUUCACGACAAUUGACAUUAGAAUUUAUUUUAAAUUAA